AUGUAUGAACAACAUGUUUUGACCAAUAUUUUCAUUCCAGUAUUGCUGAUAGUAGAGCGAACACUGUGUAACGAUAUCAUAGUAACCCCACCUGUAGACACCAUUGCUCUGUUAAGUUACACCGCGGAGAUGAAAUGCAGACUGGAUGAGACUCGAAGUAACACUGUAUUUUGGGAGAAAGACAAUACAAUCAUUGCAAUAAACAAGAUAAUAGAAAAUAGAUUUGUGAGAAAAUACAACAUAGCAGACGGUGACCUAAAUUAUGAUUUACACAUUUAUGAUAUUGGAUUUGAUGACGAAGGUGUUUACGAAUGUAAACAUUCAGGACAAUCACCGAAUGCAUAUAUGUAUGUGUUGGAUAAGAAGACGCAAUGUGCAACAAACAAUGCAGUAGCUAUUUCUGGUGAAAUAGUACAUUUCUCUUGCAAUAUUGGAUUACCGAACAAUGCACCUGGUGACUUGGUAUGGUAUAUUGACGACACGGAAUACUAUCGCAGCAACUUCAGUAUAAGUGCGUGGACAACAUCACUCAACAGGUCACAUAAUGGUGCUGAGUUCGUUUGUCAACUUGAACAUACUACAAUAUCUUCGUCAUUAUGGAAUCUCACUGCAUGUGAAGAUAAAAUAGAACUGUCCAUUGAAUAUGGACCAAUUGUUUCAAUCAAUGAUAACAGUAACGGUAGAGUAAUCGAGGGAGAUACAUACACGGCAAGAUGUACAGUAGAUGCUAACCCGACGGCAACAAUACAAUGGGACAAUAAUAACUGGGAGAGUAAUAGCAGUGAUGCUGACCUUGUACUUUUUGAUGUUGAAAGACGUCAUGAAGGCACGUAUACAUGUCGUGCCACCAAUAUGUUAUAUAACAACGAAACACGUAAUGAUUCUAAGGCUGUGUUUCUCAGUGUUGAAUUUAAACCAGAACUUGCAACGGUCAUAUCAGGCGAGGCAAGUGAACGAGGAGAUAUCAUAGAAGGUAGCAGUAUGAAUAUACUUUGUCUCGUGAGGGAGUCGAAUCCUUCUGCUGAAAGUGUUCAAUGGCUAACAUCGUCAUCUGAUACUGAAUGGUUGAACUUUACUGAUGUAAAACACAGACCAUUCAUCACCGGAUUGACGGAAUAUGAGGUACAAGAAGGUGGAAAUGCAAGACUGGUCUGCACGAUAGAUUCCAAUCCGUACAUAACAGCGGCAAAUAUUAUUUGGCAAAAAAAUAAUGGUGAUAUAAUCACAAAAAACGUCGCCAUUACGUCGCCAGAUGGUAAUGUGGUAAAUACGACUUUAACUAUGAACGCAGUAACAGAGAACGAUAGCGGACAAUACCAAUGCGUUGCACUUAGUGAAUUUGAAGAAAUGAGUCACGUAAUCAGAUUAAAAGUAUUAAGUCCUUCAUCAGAUUCAGGUGUUAACUCUUGGGUCAUAGCGCUGAUUUGUAUUAUUUUAUUCCUGAUUGCUGUAACUCUUUCAAUUAUAUUCAUACGAAAGCGUCUGACAGACAAUUCAG